GCGCUUUCCGCACGAUCCUCUCUGACGAUGAAAACCACAUCGUCGCGACGGAGCUCGACGGAAGGCGAUCAAUGGAGGAGACAUGGGAGGCACUUGACGCCGAUGACUCAGACCUCUCCACGUUUCGACGCCCUCCCAAGCGCCAUCAAACCCUAAUUGAACCCCCAAUUUCCUCAUCGUUUCUUCGCCCCUGCUCUCGUCGCUCCUCCCAACCCCCAGUCGCAGCAUCCCAGCCCGCAAGCCCUAGUUUCCCAAGCCCCUCAAUCCCCGAACUCGGUCUCCCUCCCUCCUCUCGAGUCUUCGCCAAGAAGAGAAGAGGCGAAGGGUGAGCGGAGAAUACCAGGACCGGCCGAAGCAGUUCAAGCGGCGAUGCAGCGGAGAGCUCGGGGUUUGUCGGAGGGUUUUCCCAGAGCUGGAGGCGAGGAGGAGGAGGAGGAGGAUGUGACUGCGAUUCCUACACAGGAGUAUAUAAGGAGGGCUCUGGAGAAUGUGGAUGAGGACGGUGGCGAUUUCACGCUCGAUCCGUGGGUAUGUGCAGUGGAAUUCGUGCGGCAACAAGGGUUGGUGGAUGGUGAUGGUGUGGCCAUUGGGACGCCUUUGUGCUCCAUUAAGAGAGGAACUGUCCCUGAUAAAGUGUCUCAGGUCGUUGCAAUUGUCAAAUCUUGCACUCCAAAUGGCCAUGGUGAUAUGAUGGUGACACUUAAGGAUCCAACAGGUACAGUUGGCGCUACUAUUCAUCACAAAGUUCUGAGAGGGAAGGGUUUUGCACAGGAGAUAUCUGUUGGUGCAGUUCUAAUUCUUCAGAAGGUUGCAGUGUUUUCACCUUCACGCUGCACUCGCUAUCUCAACAUAACUUUGAACAACAUAAUAAAGGUCAUCGCUAAGGACGGUGGACCUCCAUCAAAAGAGAAUUGUUCUCCCCCAGCUAAAGAACGUUCUUCCAGUUUGGAGAUUCGGGAAAAAUCCAGCACGGAAGAGAAAGCAUCGUCCCAGUUAAGGGGGAGAAUAGAGGGAAUCUUGAGUAGUUUAAAGCAAGCUACUAAUACGCAGUAUGAACAGUCUGGCGGGGUAAAAGGGACCGACUCUUGCAGCGACCAAACUAGCAGAAACCAUGACGUUUCUGUGGUAAACGAACCAUCCCCUGCGGCACAUGACGAGACAAGCCAAUUUAGGGCAGCUAGGAGUGGCGAGACAAUGCAUUGUUCUACGUCAGAAAACACCAAGUGCAACGACAACAGGUUGGGCAUUGCGGAAGUUUCUGAUGAUAAAGAUGGCGUUAGCGUAGAUGGAAUGAGGAAGCAACAGCGGCUUAGUUCAAGAACUUCGCUCCUGCAGUGGACUGAUGAACAACUAGAGGAGCUCAUGGACUGCGAAUGACGACAUACUCAAAGAUCCUUGGAUGACUAAUGCUCGGCUUACAACACGGCACCGCACAGGAUGAGUUGCUUCUUUGGUGAGUUGAAGAUUUUUGUUUGCUCUUUAUGUUGUCUUCCCUUACCCUGGUAUCCCUUUUCAAUGUAGAGCGCACUUCGUUCUUCCUAAUCCAGAUGAAUCCGGAAUGUGAAGAACGUAUCCUCCAGUUUCUUGAGAUUCUUAUUUUCGCAUCAGCCCCACUUAGGUUAGAUAUUCAGCAACUCGCAAUCACACACGAUUGUGCUGAUUCUUUUUGCAUCCUGAAUGAACUCAUCUGUCUCCUUACAGCAUAUAAAUUCGUGACCAGGGAUGAGAUUAGAUACUUAGGGCCGCGUCAAAAGAACAUCCACCUUAAAACAAGUGGAAUUUAGUUCUAAGUACUAGAAAAUGCAUCAAUCGGAAGAAAAGAACAGAAAAGAAGGAAAAAAACAAGGCUGCUUGUGAAGAUCUUAAAGAGUUGUGUGUCAAACGUGGAGGCAUCCGUCUGGGCAGACUUGAGCAGAUUUUCUCUUUAAUCCCGGGGGGUGGAGAAUGCAUGACCAUGAUGGUUAAAAUACAAUGAUCAAAUCACAAAUGAAAGGAGAAGUUCCUUAUACAGUGCCCCGGAUACACCAGCACCGAAAUA